AUGUCCACAGUCGAACUCAACCCCCGCGAGUCGCGGCACGCGCGCGAGCGCAACCCCGACCUCCCGCCCAACCAUCCUGUGAACGCGCUCUCGCCAUGGCGCAAGUUUGCCGCACUCGUCGCACUCUCCUUUUCGGGCUUCUUGGGCCAGUUCACCGCCGCCAUCAUCCUCGUCGCGUUCCCGCCCAUGGCGGCCGACUUGAAGGCGAGCAUUGGUGAUAUUGCAAACUCGGUCGGCUUCGUCCUCCUCGGCAUCGCUGUCGGGCCACUCUUUUGGAACCCGCUUUCGCGUACCCUCGGCCGCCGCCCAGUCUACCUCCUCGGCUCGCUCCUCUUCCUCCCAUGCUGCAUCUGGCAAGCCCUCAGCAAAGACUACAUCACCUUCGCGAUCUCGCGCGUCUUCGCGGGCCUGAGCAUCGCGUUUUCGCAGACGGUGCCGCCGUCCACGAUCGCGGACAUCUUCCCGCCCGCGGUCAUCGGGCAAAAGAUGAGCAUGUACGUCGUGGCUAUCAUCACUGCGCCCGCGGCCGCGCCCUUCUUCUGCGGCCUCAUCGUCCGCUCCUCGUGGCGCAACCUCUUCUGGUUCCUCCUCGGCUUGGGCGGACUGCAGCUCGCGCUCUUCUUCUUCUUCGUGCCCGAGACGCAGUGGAUCGAGGGGGAGGACGACACGCACACCCCAGCGACAGACAAAGACAUUGAGCACCACGAAACCCGCGUCGCCAACGGCGGGCGCGUCGGCGUCGCUUUUUACCCUUGGAAGCGCCCCGGCGAGUUCAUGCGCAUCUGCCUCGGCCCCGUCUCCAUGCUCCGGUACUUCGUCAUCCUCGUGCCCUCGUUCUACUACGGCUUCGCGUUCAGCUGGAUCGUCGGGAUCACGGUCGUCACGCCGCAGACGCUCGGCGCGCCGCCGUACGCGUUCGCCAUCAUCCCCCUCGGCUGCUCGUUCCUCGCGUACGGCGUCGGCGGCCUGCUCGGCUUCUGGUUCGGCGGCCUCGUCGGCGACAAGACCGUCGACUACCUCGCGCGCAAACAGGGCACGCGCCAGCCCGAACAGCGCCUCUGGGCCACCCUCCCCGUCAUGCCGUUCAUGUUCGUCGCCAUGCUCAUUAUCGGCAUCAGCCUCCAGAAGCAGCUGCACUGGAUCGGCCUACUUAUUGGCGGUGCCCUCUAUUUCUUCACCAUCUCAAUCAUCACCGGCCUCAUCCAGACUUACGUCCUCGAGUGCUACCUCCCGCAGGGCAUGGACAGCAUGGCCGUCUUCAACUUCUUCCGUAUGCUCUGGGGCUUCGCCAUCCCCUUCUUCGUGUGGAAUUGGGGCGUCCAGCACGGCUGGCUCGCGUGCUACAUCACACAGGGCGCACUCACUGCCGGCCUUGGCAUUCUCCUCAGUCUCUUCCUUAUCUGGAAGGGACGCGGAAUUCGUGCCGCGCAGCACAUGCCGAUCUGGGAGUGA